AUGUCUGCUCAAGACAUCAACUCAGAUAAAUACGGUGAAUUGAGAAGUACCUAUGAAUACUAUAUUGAUUCAUAUAAUGCACUAUAUAAGUUAAAGGUGACAAACGAAGAAGAAUUAAUAUCGAUUUACAAUAUGAUCAAAACAAAUUUGAUUGAUUCAAAUAAGUUUCUCCCUGACAAGAUUAUAAAAGACAUUUUAAAUAUCAUUCCAUUUAAUAAUCGUUAUACAAAGUCAUAUUUGAAGCUUGCCAAACUCAUAUAUGAUGAAUAUCCUUUAACAGAAGUUAAAAAAGCUAAUGGAUUUAUUAACUAUCUGUUUUAUAAAGAAUAUGGAAUUAAAAUAUACAUGUCUAAUGGUUCCAAAGGGAUUGAUGAUCCUAGAAACCCAAUUUACAGAGAAAUGAUGGAAAAUGCAAUUCACACAGAAGAUACAAUUUUCAGAGCAAUAAUGAAUAACGACAAAGAAAAAUUCAUCGCAUUCACUGAAAGAGAUGAAUUUAAUGAAGAUCAAACGCACAGAAGUAGUUUAUUGCCACCUGAUGAAAAAUCGUAUUCAUUACUUGAUUUAUGUUGUUAUUAUGGGGCAGUUGAUUGUUUCAAGUUUUUAAGAACGAAAUUUAACUCAGAAAUAACUCAAAAAUGUCUUGAAUUUUCAUUUUUAGGAGGAAAUCCAGAGAUCAUGAGUGAAUGUUUGAAAAUACAAGAACCAGAUGAAAAAUGCAUGGAAUAUGCAAUUAUUUCACACAACAUUGAUUUUGUUACAUUCUUGAUGAAUGAAUAUGAUAUAGAGAUCAAUCUAAUGCAAUACCCAAUUUAUAAUAAUCUUGAGGUGUUUUUAGUUUAUCUCGAUCAUACCAAUAAUAUUAACAAAUGUUUAGUUUAUUCAACCAUGUUUGAAAUACCAUCCCUUUGUGAAUAUUUACUUUUACAAGGUGCAAAAACCCACACAAAAGAUGUAUUUGGAAAAACAGCUCUGAUACAUGCAGCAGAAAAUAAUAGUAAAGCAAUAGCCGAACUUCUGAUAUCAUAUAAUGCAGACAUCAAUGAAAAGGAUAAAUCAAGAAGAACUGCUCUUCAUUGUGCAGUAAAAAAUAAUAGUAAAGCAAUAGCCGAACUUCUGAUUUCACAUGGUGCAAAUAUCGAUGAAAAGGAUACAUUAAGAAGAAUUGCUCUUCAUUAUGCAGCAGAAAAUAGCAAUAAAGAAAUAGCCGAACUUCUUAUUUCACAUGGUGCAGAUCUCAAUUAUAAAGAUGAAUUUGAACAAACUGCUCUUCAUUGUGCAGUAAAAAAUAAUAGUAAAGCAAUAGCCGAACUUCUGAUUUCACAUGGUGCAAAUAUCGAUGAAAAGGAUAAAUCAAGAAGAACUGCUCUCCAUUAUGCAGCAGAAAAUAAUAGUAUUGAGACAGCUGAACUUCUUAUUUCACAUGGUGCAAAUAUCGAUGAGAAGGAUAUAGAUGAAAGAACUGCUCUUAAUUUAGCAGUAAAUAAAUUGAAUAAAAAAACUAUUGAACUUCUUCUUUCGCAUGGUGCAAACAUUUAUGAAAAAGAUAAAAAUAAAGAAACCACACUUCAACUUGCAAUUAGAAGGAAUUGUAUAGAUAUAGUUGAAAUUCUACUUUCACAUGAUCCAAUUAUAAAUGAAGAUAUGGGAAACUUGCUCAAUCUUGCAAUAUGCUAUAAUGGAAAUCAAAUCUUCGAACUUCUUCUUCCACAUUGUCCAAAUAUCAAUGAAUACAUGCCAAGAUUGCUUUAUCAUGCAACUGAUAAUGGAAUAUAUAAAGUACUCGAAUUUCUUAUUUCGCAUGGUGCAGAUGUCAAUGGAAAAUAUGAUGAAGGAAGAACAGUUCUUCAUAUUGCCGCAAUAUCUAAUUAUUUCGAUGAAAUUGAACUUUGUAUUUCUCAUGGUGCAAAUAUUAAUGAGAAAGAUAAUAAUGGACAAACCGCUCUUCAUUAUGCAGCAGCUAAAUGCAAUGAAAAAACAAUUGAAACUCUUGUUUCGCACGGCGCAAAUGUAAAUGAAAAAGCAAAAGAUGGAACAACGGCUCUUCAUUUUGCUGUUCAGAAUACCAGUAUAGAAAUGAUCGAACUUCUUCUUUCGCAUGGUGCAAAUAUUAAUGAAGAGGAUGAAAAUGGAUUGACUGCUCUUCAUUACGCAGCAAAAAUAAAUCUUCAUCAAAACGUUGAAUUUCUACUUUCAAAAGGUGCAAAUAUUAAUGCAAAAACAAAAGAUGGAUUAACUGCCCUUCAUUAUGCAGCACAGAAUAAUUGUAAAGAAAUCAUUGAAGUAUUAAUUUCACAUGGUGUAAAUAUUAAUGAACAAGAUGAAAAUGGAUUUACAGCUCUUCAUUAUGCAGAACAAAAAAAUUAUCAAAAAAUCAUUGAUCUUCUUUCGCAUGAUGCAAAAUCCUCAAACAAUAAAUAA